AUGGGAGGCUCAGCUGGACUCACUCACACCUCCCUGACUGUCCUCACCUUGCUGGUUUGGUGCCAAGCACAGAGCAGCACAAGGAGCUAUGGGCCAGUGUUUGAAGAGCAGCCUGCCCACACCCUCUUCCCUGAGGGCUCAGCAGAGGAGAAGGUCACUUUGGCUUGCAGAGCACGAGCCAGUCCCCCUGCCACCUACAGGUGGAAGAUGAACGGCACAGAGCUCAAGAUGGAGCCAGACUCCCGCUACAGGCUGGUGGCAGGGGACCUGGUGAUCAGCCACCCAGUGAAGGCCAAGGAUGCAGGCUCCUACCAGUGUGUGGCAUCCAACUCCAGGGGCACAGUGGUCAGCAGGGAAGCUUCCCUCCGCUUUGGGUUUCUGCAGGAAUUCUCAGCAGAGGAGAGAGACCCUGUGAAGAUCACUGAGGGCUGGGGAGUGAUGUUCACCUGCAGCCCCCCUCCCCACUACCCAGGGUUGUCCUACCGAUGGCUCCUGAAUGAGUUUCCCAACUUCAUCCCAGCCGAUGGGAGGCGUUUUGUGUCCCAGGCCACAGGAAACCUCUACAUUGCCAAGACAGAGGCUUCUGACCUGGGCAACUACUCCUGCUUUGCCACCAGCCACAUUGACUUCAUCACCAAGAGUGUUUUCAGCAAGUUCUCCAGGCUCAGCCUCGCUGCAGAGGAUGCCAGGCAGUAUGCACCCAGCAUAAAGGCCAGGUUCCCUGCAGACACCUACGCUCUGGCUGGGCAGGUGGUGACCCUGGAGUGCUUUGCCUUUGGAAACCCUGUUCCUCAGAUCAAGUGGAGGAAACUGGAUGGCUCCCAGUCCUCCAAGUGGAUCGGCAGUGAGCCCCUCCUGCAGAUCCAGGACGUUGGCUUUGAGGAUGAAGGCACCUAUGAGUGUGAGGCUGAAAACAUCAAAGGGAGGGACACCUACCAGGGCCGCAUCAUCAUUCAAGCUCAGCCAGAGUGGCUGAAGGUGAUCACAGACACAGAGGCUGACAUCGGCUCCGACCUGCGCUGGAGCUGCGCCGCUGCCGGCAAGCCCAGACCCGCGGUGCGGUGGCUUCGGGACGGGCAGCCCCUGACCUCCCAGAACCGCAUCGAAGUGAGCGGUGGAGAGCUGAGGUUUUCCAAGCUAGUCCUGGAGGACUCUGGCAUGUAUCAGUGUGUGGCUGAGAACAAGCAUGGCACAGUGUAUGCAAGUGCUGAAUUAACAGUGCAAGCCCUAGCACCAGAUUUUAGACUAAGCCCAGUGAAGCGCCUGAUACCUGCAGCCCGAAGUGGGAAGGUGAUCAUCCCAUGCCAGCCAAGAGCAGCACCAAAAGCCACUGUGCUCUGGACCAAAGGGACUGAACUCCUCAUCAACAGUAGCAGGGUGACUAUUACCCCAGAUGGUACCUUGAUCCUCCAGAACAUCAGCAAAUCUGAUGAGGGGAAGUACACCUGCUUUGCUGAGAACUUCAUGGGCAAAGCCAACAGCACUGGAAUCCUCUCUGUGCGAGAUGCCACCAAGAUCACAUUGGCACCAUCUAGUGCUGACAUCAACGUAGGUGAGAACCUCACCCUCCAGUGCCAUGCAUCCCACGACCCAACCAUGGACCUGACCUUCACCUGGUCACUGGAUGACUUCCCCAUUGACCUUGACAAGGCUGAGGGACACUACCGGCGAGCCAGCGCGAAGGAAGCUAUCGGAGACCUCAGCAUCUUCAACACGCAGCUGAGGCACUCGGGGAGGUACACCUGCACAGCCCAGACCGUGGUGGACAGCGCCUCCGAGUCAGCCACACUGACUGUCAGAGGCCCCCCAGGCCCCCCAGGAGGUGUGGUGGUGAGGGACAUCAGUGACACCAGUGUGCAGCUGAGCUGGAGCCGUGGCUUUGAUAACCACAGUCCCAUUGCCAGGUACCUCGUGGAGGCUCGGACCCUCCUCUCCAGCAACUGGAAGCAAAUGAGGACCAACCCUGUCAAUAUCGAAGGCAAUGCAGAGACAGCCCAGGUGGUGAACCUCAUUCCUUGGAUGGAUUACGAGUUUCGGGUCUUGGCCAGCAACAUCCUUGGAAUUGGGGAGCCCAGUUUGCCCUCCAGCAAAAUCCGGACCAAAGAAGCAGCUCCUACUGUGGCACCAUCUGGGCUUGGUGGAGGUGGAGGAGCUCCCAACGAGCUGAUCAUCAACUGGACGCCGACCCUGAGGGACUAUCAGAACGGGGAUGGCUUUGGCUACAUCCUGUCCUUCCGCAAGAAGGGCAGCCAGGGGUGGCUGACAGCCAGGGUGCCGCACGCAGAGUCGCUGCACUACGUCUACCGCAACGACAGCAUCGGACCCUACACCCCCUUCGAGGUGAAGAUCAAAGCAUACAACAGGAAGGGAGAGGGACCAGAGAGCCUCACUGCCAUCGUGUACUCUGCAGAAGAAGAACCUAAAGUGGCUCCUUUCAGAGUUCUAGCCAAGUCUGUUCUGGCCUCAGAAAUGGAUGUGUCCUGGGAGCCUGUGGAGCAGGGAGACAUGACUGGGGUGCUUCUGGGCUAUGAGAUUCGGUACUGGAAGGAUGGUGACAAGGAGGAGGCAGCUGACAGAGUGAGAACAGCAGGGCUGGUGCCAUCAGCUCACGUCACAGGGCUGAACCCCAACACCAACUACCAUGUGUCAGUCAGAGCCUACAACCGGGCUGGAACCGGUCCCCCCAGCCCCUCCACCAACGUCACCACAACCAAACCACCACCAAAGAGGCCACCUGGCAACAUCUCCUGGACUUUUUCUGGGUCUACAGUCAGCAUCAAGUGGGACCCAGUGGUGGCCAAAGCAGACGAGUCUGCAGUUACAGGGUACAAGAUGCUUUACAGGCAGGAUUCCCACUCUGCUCCCACGCUCUACCUGGCCAGCAAGAGCAGGAUUGACAUCCCUGUCCCUGAAGACUUCACUCAUGCCUUUGUCCAGAUCAGGGUGACAGGUCCUGGGGGAGAUGGAACCCCAGCAGAGGUCCACAUCCUGCGGAACAGUGGGACAAGCAUGAUGGUGGAAGACUCUGUGACGAGGCCAGUGCCACACCUUGUCAUCAUCACAACUCACUCUCUACUUAUGGUGGCCCUGAUCAGCUACCUGGAGCUCUGA